AUGGAAUCUAUUUUCGAUCAAGUUCAAAUAAUAAAAAGAAAAUCAGAGGAUGAUCAAGAUAGAUUGAAAAAACAAAGAAUGGAAGUGGUUGAAAAUGAAUAUGAUUGUCAACCAAUUCAAAAGGUUUUGAUGAAUAAAAAUCUUUUGUCUAUCAUUUUGGAUUUCACAAGAUUCAUUCUUCCACCAUUCAAAGAUCGAUUUAUUAAAAUCAAAAUAGGUCUCGAUCCACCACUUCCUGCACCCACCUAUUUUCUUUGUCCAAAGCCAAUUAAACGAAAAGCAAAAUCACCAAUCUAUUUUCGAUAUCUGAAUCUAUAUAGAACACCUUAUGAUAUCAUCUUUAUGUUAUACAACAAAAUGUUUGCAGCAGUUCGAAAAUAUAUAGAGGAUGAUAAUUUGUUAACAUUUCGUAGUAAAUUAUUCUACAAGACCGAUAUUCCACUGGAUAUUUUCAAAAUUCUUUAUCAAAGAUUAACCGAUGAUUUCGAAGAGAAUGGCAAGAAUGAGGUAAUCAGAAAACUAUUAAAGAAGAAAUUUGAUAAGGAUUUCAUAAUCUUUUGUCUUAGCACAUACACCCCUACCAACUAUUCCUUUAAAAUGGCGAAUCUACUAAUGGCUCUCGAUUAUGGCAGUGUGGAAUUGAUACAAUCAUUUUUCAAAUUUCCGAUGGACGAAACUGACAAUGAUUUUCACCCAAUACAACUUUUACAGAGAGCCUUCAAAUAUGGAUUGGAGAUGUUUAUUCUUUUGGAAUCUAGGUAUAGAGAGCGAUUUCUUUCGUCAGUAACGAAUCAAUUAUACAACACCUUGUUGUUUCUGGUCUAUAGUUAUGAUAUCAAAGUGAUUGAUUACUUUUUCGAAAAUUAUCAACUUACUAUCGACGUAUCUAUGUUGGAAAAGAUAUUCUAUUGUAUCAAUGUAGAGAGAUCUGCAGAGACACAACAAAUCCUUAAUAUUUUCCAAUCUCAUUGUAUUGAUUACAAAAAACCAGUUUCUAUCGAUAAUGAUUCGAGAAGUUGUGAUGGAAUGGAUGAAGAAGGAAAAGAAAAUUCAGAGUUGCCAAUGAAUCAUUUCGAGUUCAAUCCAAAUACACUCAGCAAUCAAGAUAAAUCUAUUCAGGACAUUGUAUUGAACCAAGUAGGAAACAAUUUACCUUUCAUUAGUGAUUUUACCGAUAUGGAAUUAUUUAUGAAAACUCAUUAUCAAUUUGUCUUGGAAGGCCAUUGCCCAUUUCUUCCAGAAAAAGAGUGGCAACUUCCAAUCAUUAAAUAUCUUGUCGAUAGUAAAGUCCACUCGAAAAACAACUCAACGAUGAUUGAAUCAGAGUUAAGACCACAUCUGUUGUCAACCACGAUAUUCGCAAUCCGGAAGGGUUUCUCUGAAAUGGUUGAAUAUAUGGUUACGGAGACACUGGCAAGAAAUCCGAAAAACAUUGGAUUCAGCAUUAGAAACAACAUACGGGAAUUCAUUCAAGAAGCAAUCUAUUAUUGUCACUACGAGAUGGCCAAGUAUUUGAUUUCGGUUGCCAAGAAACUAUCUUUGAAGAAUACCAUCAAUUUCGAAGUCUUUCAAGCAGUGCAUGAUACAUCGGAUCCAGAUGCAUUCGAAUUGUUGAUCAAAAACCGAAAGUUGGGAAUAAAAGAAAUCAUACGUCGGGCAAUACGACUCAAUCGAUAUUAUUUUGUUGGCGAAAUCUUUGGAAAUCCGAGAUUCAGUCAGUACCUUGCCAGAUUUGAGCAAUACAUUCCGAGGAUGGCAACAUUAAUAGCCAAAUGUGAUUAUAUAGAAAUGGCAGAACACUAUAUCAACACGCCCACCACUAACGAAAAGAAAAGAUUGUUCAUUUACAAAAUUCAAAGAAGACUUCGAGAGAAUGGUGAUUGGUGGAGCGAAGAUUUAUUUCAUGAAGUAUCUUGUCUGGCAUACAGAUAUAUCGUUGACUUUGCACCAAUUCAAUACCGCCUACAUCAAGAAUCUGAAGAAGAAUCUGAAGAAUCUGAAGGAUCUGAGGAAUCUGAGGAAUCUGAAGAAGAAGGUUGGUUGUUUGAAGUGGUUGUAGUUGUUGAAGUGGUUAUUGUUGUCGUUACUGUUGUGGAUAUCGGUAUGUUUCUAAUAUUUGAAUUCUGA